AUGCGAGCUCAGAUCGACAAUUCAAAAUCGAAAAAGCUUAAAAAAAGCGCCAAAGAGUUUUUGCUAUAUUAUUGUAAUAGGAAGUUGAGAUAUGUGGCAAUGUUGUAUUGAAUUAGCUUAGAAGCCGGUAAUUUACGCAUCGAUGAUAGAAAACAGUCUUUUACCUUGAAGCCAAAAGUAGUAAUUUUUGAAAUCACAAGAUGCCCACGGCCAUUGCUGUGGCACAGAAAUCCAUAA